AUGACGCCGCCGGUGCCGAAGCCCAGAACGAAGUUCAGCGAGCCGAGCGUUGGUUUUCCGGCGUCGCCGUCGCCGUCGCUGAUCGAGGAGGUCCUAAAAAGGCCGGAUGAAAUUGAAAAUGCACCGAGAAUUGCCGAGCAGGAGGAGAUCAGCGAGCUGGAGCAGGUCACGCCGACACAAGAAAGCAUCCAUCGCCCACCACCGCCACCAAUUCCACCUCGUCCUCCCGCCAAACCGGCACGAACAUUCGACAGCGUUGUCAGCGAGCUGCGCGCGAAUCUGACUAAUGGCGAGACGACGUCGACGGCCGUCAGUCCGCCAAUGCGGCACGCGCCACCGCCGCCACGACCGCCUGCACCCGGAUGGCGACCGGAAAUUUCCGAAUCUUACACCGAAGUUCAGAAGCGACCCAGAAUUCCGGAUAGAAAUGCCAAUCGUCCACUUCCUCCGAUUCCCGUCGAGACCCAAACAGGAUCGUCGAAUCGAAUCGAGAAUCCCUUGUAUUUCUCGUUGAGCGAAUAUCGAGAGGUUUCCGGACUGUCUCCGAGCUCAUCGCAAAGCACAAUUACUGAAAUUGAGCAGCUCAAAGAGUGGCUCAGCGAGGAGGACAAUGCACAAUCAUCAGGAAGCGACGACGCCGACAUUGACACGACAAUGCGUCCCGAAGAGCUCUCGACGAAUUUGCUGGCAAUUCGACGCGAUCAAAUCGCCGACGAGAAUCCGUACACGCCGUGCCCGUUCCAGGAGUCGGUCGGCGAUCCGUUCGACGACGAUUUCUUCAACGAGCCCGACACCGAGCCGCAUCGCGCGCAAAACAUCUAUGUCGCGCCCGAGGAGGUGUUCAAACGCACGUCGCCCGAUUACGCCGACGUCGUCGAGGUGUGUUCGACACCAGCGGCGGCGGCGGCGCCACCACCCGCCGCCCGUUACAUCAACGUUGAGGAUAUUCGAGAUCACGAGAGUCUAUCGCAAUUGGAAAUAAUGAAAGACGGCACGCCGAAGAUCGACGGAGCCACGGUGAGCUUCUUCGGGUUCGUCGUGCUGACGAGCUCGCGUCGCGAGAAGCGCCUACAUUGUAGGCUGCGAGACAUGCAGUUGAGCUUUCAUGAGAAUGAAGAGACGUCUGAAUGCGCUCAUGGUCCCUAUCAAGUGCAAGACUUUCAUUUAUUCAAACUUGUUAAACAUCGAGCGGCGUGUGACGUGGCGUCGACGUCAACGCAGGCGGCCGCGUGCGAAACGAGCUCGAUACUGAUUCAAAUCGGCGACAAGAAGAGUCCGAUCGUGUUUCGGCCCGACGACGCGGCGACCAUCUGGAUGUUCUUCUUGUCCGAAGCGUGGCUCUCGCUGAUACCCGGUCUGGCGUGCGCGCUUCGCGACGCCGACGAUCUACAAAUAUGCGGAAUGUUUUGGGUGCGACAAGGGACGACCGGCGAAUGGAAAGAGGCGGCCGGCGGUGUCCGACAAUUGAGCAUGAGCUAUGUGCUCAAAGAUAUGAAGGAGCGCGUCAUUCGGCGUGCAUUCGCCGUCGUUGACGACAUGAUCACGGUGGAUUUGAGAAAGGUGGUCAGUCUUCACGAGAAAACCGUCGACAAACUCCACUGGUGUCCGAGUUUGAAGCACAAACGCGGGCCGUUUAUGAUCACACUGAACGGAAUCACGUUUUACGUCGACACAAAAGACGAGCACUGCACCAACUAUUGGUUCGAGGCGAUCGAUGAGGUGCUGAGGCAGCCGUCGGCGAGCCUCGAGAACGCUCGCCUCACCGCCGACGACACGCCGGUUGUCGUCGACAAAUGUGUGCGAUUCGUGGCCGCCUACGGUCUCAAAACCGAUGGAAUUUAUCGACGGAACGGAAAAGUCUCGGAAGCCAAAACGAUCAUGACGAAAUUGAUGGAAGAACCAUUCGGCUAUCACAUCACACCGGAGAAUGAUGAGACGGUUUACGCGGUCGCCGACGUCCUUCGGCAGUAUUUUCGCAAAUUGGAGAAACCACUCAUUCUGCCCGACAUUCAUUCGAGUCUUUUCGAGUUAGCGUGCCAACCGGCCAGUCAAGAAUUAUUCGAGGCGUACGGUCGAAUCAUCGCCGAAUUGCCGAAAAUUCAUCGAUCGACACUUAAAAAAUUGAUUGCCCAUUUGAAGAAUGUGAGCGAGCACUCGGCGGAGAAUCGAGCGAGUAUUGAGAAUCUCGCAAAAAUUUUCGGCGCCAGCUUAUUCUCGACGGAUGUGUGCGUUGAAAAUGGGUUCACCGAGACGUAUAAUGAUCAGAUCAAUGUGAUGAUCCACCUGAUCCUAGGAUACGAUACCAUAUUCCAUAUUACGACAGAGGAGGAAAUCAGUAGGCAAAUGGUGAACGAAGUUGAGCACAAAAAGCAUAUUAAGCAAGGCACCCUCUUCUACGUUGCCGUCCACAUGUGGGAGAAGGAGAAUCGUCCGUUCAACGCGAAUGUCGAUCUCGUGUGCGAGGAGGUGUGCCGCGAGGCGGUCGCGAAACGCGGUUUCGACGCACCGCCAAACUCGGCCUACUCGGUGUUCGAGGUGAUCUGCGGCGGCCAAUUGGUGAGGCGUCUGCAUUCGAGCGAGAAGCUCUCGACGUCGGUGUUCCGCUGGAUCGACUGGAAUUGUCGCGACGGAUACAUUCUGUUUGAUCAUGACAAAUAUCGUUUCGACGGCAAUGACAUGUCGCCAUAUACGGGAAAAGUGAAGAUCGCCGAGCCGGGAUCGAAGACGUUUCGAUCGUACGAGCUCAAAAUUGAGGCUGGAACGGCGGUUUGCGCGUUUCGAAACGAAAAGUUGUGGAAGACGUGGAUUCUCGAUGAGCACAUCUGGUUCGUCGGCGGCGAUUCGGCGCGCAAACCGCCGAAUCAAUUCAACACGACGAUGGUGGCGACGGAGAAGAGCGGCUACGCGUCGAGAUUCGCCGGCUACUGUUUCUCGUUCAAAGAGGACGUCGAGCGAACGCGUUGGCUCAACGCGGUCUACUAUGUGACGAGCGGCGGCCAACCGGACAAGCUUGUGUACAUUUGA